AUGAGUAGCUUAGUGGAGAGGCUUCGUAUACGAUCAGACAGGAAACCAGUUUAUAACCUAGACGAUUCUGAUGAGGAUGACUUUGUACCUAAAAAGGAUAGGACACUAGAGCAAGUCGAAGCUAUUGUCAGAACAGACGCGAAAGAAAAUGCUUGUCAGGCUUGUGGGGAAAGUGCUAAUCUUGUAAGCUGCAAUACAUGUACCUAUGCUUUUCAUGGGAAAUGCUUAGUUCCGCCUCUGAAAGACUCUUCCGUGGAAAACUGGAGAUGCCCUGAAUGCGUUAGUCCUCUUAACGAGAUUGAUAAGAUAUUGGAAUGUGAAGUGCGUCCUACAAUAUUGACUGAACAAGGUUCCUCAGAUGCGGCACCAAAGCAAGUUUGUGUGAAACAGUAUCUCGUGAAGUGGAAGGGAUUGUCAUACCUUCACUGUUCUUGGGUGCCUGAGAAGGAGUUCGUGAAGGCUUAUAAGUCCAAUCAUCGUUUAAAAACCAGGGUGAACCACUUUCACCGUCAAAAGUCGGAAUCAGUCAAUCACAACGAAGAUGAUUUUGUUCCCAUUCGUCCUGAGUGGACCACUGUUGAUCGGAUUCUUGCAUACAGGGAAGAAGAUGGUGAGGAGCAAUAUCUUGUGAAAUAUAAAGAACUCCCUUACGAUGAGUGUUAUUGGGAGUCAGAAGCAGACAUCUCGACCUUUCAGAAUGAAAUCCAAAGAUUUAAAGAUAUAAAUUCUAGGACUCGGAGAGGUAAAGAUGUCGACCAUAGAAGAAAUCCCAAAGACUUUCAACAGUUUGAUCAUAGUCCUGAAUUCCUCAAAGGCUUGUUGCAUCCAUAUCAGCUUGAGGGACUUAAUUUUUUGCGGUUCUCAUGGUCAAAGCAGACACAUGUUAUCCUUGCUGAUGAAAUGGGGUUAGGCAAAACAAUUCAGAGUAUUGCCCUUUUAGCUUCACUUUUUGAGGAAAACCUCAUCCCACAUUUGGUGAUCGCUCCUCUCUCGACUCUGCGAAACUGGGAGAGAGAGUUUGCUGCAUGGGCUCCACAGAUGAAUGUGGUUAUGUAUUUUGGCACUUCGCCAGCUCGAGCUGUUAUUAGAGAACACGAGUUUUACUUUCCAAAAGGUCAUAAGAAGAUCAAGAAAAAGAAAUCUGGACAAAUCAGUAGUGAAAGCAAACAGAAAAGAAUCAAGUUUGAUGUCCUCCUCACAUCGUAUGAGAUGAUCAACUUAGACACAGCAGUUCUGAAACCAAUUAAGUGGGAGUGCAUGAUUGUUGAUGAAGGCCAUCGACUGAAAAAUAAGGAUUCAAAGCUGUUCUCUUCGUUGACACAGUAUUCCAGUAACCAUCGUAUCCUUCUGACAGGAACUCCACUUCAGUAUCACUUAGGUGGCCAAAUAUUACAUGUGACUAAUGAUUACGCGGUGGCUUUUCAGAACAACUUGGAUGAACUUUUCAUGCUCAUGCAUUUUCUUGACGCGGGGAAGUUUGCCAGUUUAGAGGAGUUCCAGGAGGAGUUCAAAGAUAUUAACCAAGAGGAGCAGAUUUCAAGACUCCACAAAAUGUUGGCUCCACAUUUGCUCAGAAGGGUGAAGAAAGAUGUAAUGAAAGACAUGCCCCCUAAAAAGGAGCUCAUUUUACGUGUUGACUUAAGCAGCCAGCAAAAAGAAUAUUACAAAGCAAUUUUUACCCGUAACUAUCAAAUAUUGACAAAAAAAGGAGGUGCUCAAAUUUCUCUUAAUAACAUAAUGAUGGAAUUACGAAAAGUUUGCUGCCACCCUUACAUGCUGGAAGGUGUUGAGCCAGUUAUUCAUGACGCACAUGAAGCUUUCAAUAAACUUGUGGAAUCUUGUGGAAAGCUGCAACUUUUAGACAAAAUGAUGGUCAAGCUGAAAGAGCAAGGACACAGGGUUCUCAUCUACACGCAGUUUCAGCACAUGCUUGAUUUACUUGAAGAUUACUGUUCCUAUAAGGAAUGGCUCUAUGAGCGAAUUGAUGGAAAGGUUGGCGGAGCUGAGCGGCAAAUACGCAUAGAUCGAUUUAAUGCCAAGAACUCUAACAGAUUUUGUUUUUUGCUCUCCACAAGAGCUGGUGGUUUAGGAAUAAAUCUUGCAACCGCUGAUACAGUCAUCAUUUAUGACAGUGACUGGAAUCCUCAUGCCGAUCUCCAAGCUAUGGCUAGAGCUCAUCGACUUGGCCAAACAAAUAAGGUGAUGAUUUACAGGCUCAUAAACCGAGGCACCAUCGAAGAAAGGAUGAUGCAAUUGACUAAGAAGAAGAUGGUUCUAGAGCAUCUUGUUGUCGGGAAAUUAAAAACACAGAACAUUAAUCAGGAAGAGUUGGAUGACAUCAUCAGAUAUGGUUCAAAGGAGCUUUUUGCUAGUGAAGAUGAUGAAGCAGGAAAGUCUGGAAAAAUUCAUUAUGAUGAUGCAGCAAUAGACAAGUUGCUUGAUCGUGAUAUUGUUGAUGCUGAGGAGAUCGCUGUGGAUGAUGAAGAGGAGAAUGGAUUCUUAAAGGCCUUCAAGGUGGCAAAUUUUGAGUAUAUUGAUGAAAAUGAGGCGGCGGCAUUAGAGGCGCAGAGAGUUGCUGCUGAAAGCAAAUCUUCAGCAGGAGAUAGGGCAAGUUAUUGGGAAGAGUUGUUAAAAGACAAAUUUGAAGUGCAGCAGGCUGAGGAACUUAAUUCUCUUGGAAAGAGGAAAAGAAAUCGCAAGCAGUUGGUAUCUGUUGAAGAAGAUGAUCUCGCUGGUUUGGAAGAUGUGAGCUCUGAUGGAGAUGAAAGUUACGAAGCAGAGUCAACGGAUGGUGAAGCACCGGGACAAGAUGGUGUGCCCAAGGAAGGACUUAGAAUUGAAGAUGUUCUAGUCAGAAUGGCUGUUCUGAUGCUAGUACAGGAGAAGGUGAAAUAUGUAGAAGAUCAUCCAGCGAAAUCUGUUUUCCCCAACGGCAUUCUUGAAAGAUUCCCAGGUCUGAGAAGUGGAAAAAUUUGGAAGGAGGAACAUGACAAGAUAAUGCUCCGUGCUGUUCUAAAGCAUGGGUACGGACGUUGGCAAGCCAUUGUUGAUGACAAAGAGUUAGGGAUCCAAGAGCUUAUCUGCAAAGAGUUGAACUUCCCUCACGUAAGUUUGUCUGCUGCUGAACAAGCUGGCUUGCAAGGGCAGAAUGGUAGUGGAAGCUCCAAUCCUGGAGCAGUGCAGAAUAGCCAGAAUCAUGGAAGCGUUAUCACGGGGAACAACAAUGCUAUAGCUGAUGGUCAAGUGAACUCAAUGUUCUACUACCGGGACAUGCAGAGAAGACUUGUUGAAUUUGUGAAAAAGCGAGUUCUGCUUCUGGAGAAGGCGUUGAAUUAUGAAUAUGCAGUGGAUCAUUGUGAACGUGGUGGCUCAUCAUCUCUACCUAGUGAAGAACCAGAAGCUGAAGUAAAGGUCACCGACACAGUGGGGGCAAGCUUUAUGGAGGUCGACGAUGAAAUGCUUGAUAGACUUCCUAAGACUGACCCCAUCACUUCAGAUGAAAUAAUGGCUGCUGCUGUUGACAACAACCAAGAACGAGUUGAAAUAGCUCAACAAUUUAACAAGAUGUGCGAAGAUGUAAAUGAGCACGCUCGUGAAUCAGUUGAAGCAUAUGUGAACAACCAAUCGUCUAAUAGCAAGAUGAGUGAGGGCUUACGUUCUCUCGAAUCUGUCAGUAACAACAUUACCAGGAUCCUCUCUGCGAAGUCACAUGAAGACACGAAGCCAGACCUAAACAAUGUUGAGAUGAAAGACUCGGUCGAAGAGGCUAAACCGGUAAGAGCCAGCGUCGAUCUGAAUGUGUUGGAGGGAGAGGAGAACAUUGAAGGAGCUAGUGGAAGUGUUGAUGAGAAAAUGGAAGAUGCCAAAGAAGAAGAUAAGGCCAGUGUCUUUUGA